UCUAAACUGAUCUGAAUCUGAAAGUGGUGUGUGCCUCUUGCUGUUUAAUUUGAUACAUCGUUGCUUAUCUAAAUAUUUAAAAGAACUUCCUAUUUUGCUCAACUUGGCCAUAACUUUUAACGUAAAAUGCUUGCAUGAACAAAGUGCUGUGCACGAGAAUAACGCCUAUUUUAUGACCUAAUAUUACCGAUUCCAUCUCGUCACAAUCCAUCAGUAUAGUAAAGUAAACGUCACUACAUCACACGUCAGCCGGAAUUCAGAAAAUAGAUCUGGAAUUUCAGAGAUUUAGUUGGUUUGUGCACAGUAUUGAAAUCGGUAAACUGUUUUGAAAAUGGUAUUAAUAGCGGCCGCAGUAUGCACUAAAGCAGGCAAGACUAUCGUGUCACGCCAGUUUGUCGAAAUGACAAAGGCUCGUAUCGAGGGUCUUUUAGCAGCAUUUCCAAAGUUAAUGACGUCUGGCAAGCAACAUACAUUUGUAGAAACGGAUUCGGUUCGAUAUGUUUAUCAACCCCUAGAGAAGCUUUACAUGUUACUUAUAACCACUAAAGCUAGUAACAUCUUGGAAGAUCUGGAGACAUUACGAUUGUUUUCGAAAGUGAUUCCCGAAUACUGUCGUUCAUUAGAAGAGAAAGAGAUCAUUGAAAAUGCGUUCGAUUUAAUAUUUGCUUUCGACGAAAUAGUCGCCUUGGGAUACCGGGAAAGUGUAAACUUGUCGCAAAUUAAAACAUUCGUCGAAAUGGAUUCUCACGAGGAAAAGGUUUACCAGGCAGUUCGUCAAACACAGGAACGCGAAGCUAAACAAAAAAUGCGUGAACGCGCCAAGGAACUACAACGCGCUCGAAUGGAGCAGAAAAAAGGAGGGCUUGGAGCCGGUGGUCGUCCGUAUGCUGCCAUAAGCUCGGAUGGAUUUGGUAGCAGUGGAGGCAUUUCCAAUCACUCCACAAUAACGACCCCAUCGAUCGGUAUUGGUGAAAUUAAACCUGCCGCAACCGUACCUAAACCAGCUGCUCCGAAAAAUGCGCUAAAACUAGGAGGUAAAUCACGUGACGUUGAUACGGUGCAGCAGCAACAGCAGCAGCAGCAGCCACGGUGGUGUGCAUAG